CAAUGACGAGCUAAGUUAUUCCAUUAUAAACUUAAGAAGAUGAAAAUUUAAACUCAGAUAACAGUUAAUCAGUGAUAUCUAAGAAUUCGAGUGUGAGACAAUAACCAAUUGCACCUGUUCCAAUGCCUUCUAAUAAAUUAAGAAAGAGAGGAACAGUGUAAUUGGAAAACGAAGUUGAGGAAGAAGUCAAUUCUGUUUUUCACCUAAGCGUUAUACUAGUAGCGAUUCAGAGUGGUAAUUUUUCUUUGGGAUAUUCCUUAUCCUAUUUAUCAAUGUCAUUUACAACAUUAUUUUCAUAAAUGUAUUAGUAUAUAUUAAAUGAAGCACGCUGAAAGGAACUGAAAUUGAAGAACAGGGAUUGUUUAGUGCAGUGUUAUCAAUAGGCUAAGUAGUAGGUGCUCUUAUGACCUAGCCAUUAUUAAAAUAUACAACAAGAAAUUAAUCACUUUUGAUAGCUGAUAUAUGUGGAAUUUUGAGCAUUUUACAAGUUGUACCUAACAGAGAAGUAAUUCUAGCCUUUAGAUUUUGUUAUGGAGUAUGUUUAGGUAUUUCCACAAUAAUUAUGCCUGUCUAUGUAAAAGAGCUAUGUCCUUAGAAAUAUUAUGAAACAUUCUCUGUUAUGGCAGGCUUCUUAGUUGCUGGAGGAUUAUUGUUUACAAAUUUUAUUGGUUUAGGAUAUAUAAAUGAUGAUUUAAGAGGAGAAUAAUCAUAUUAUUGGCAGAUUGUAUUUGCUAUUCCAGCAGUAUUGCAUUUUCUGAGAUCCUUUAUAGUUACUGUUAUCUACAAAAUGGAUAGCCCUGUUGGAUUAGUAUAAAUCAAAAUGCCAUUGUCAGCAAAAUAAAUUAUAGAGAAAAUAUAUCAACCACAAUUUAUAGAUUAAGUCAUGUUGAAAUGUUAGUUAAGAGUGUAAUACAAUGAGGAGCAUUAAGAAGGAUUACUGAGUCUUUUUAAGAAAAAGCAUUUAAAAACAUUAACUAUUGGAUGUGUUUUAGUAUUUGUUUAUACUUGGUGUGGAUUAUUUGCUUUGUUUUCAUACAGUUCUUAAAUCUUUGGUAUAAUGUCUGAUGGAGAUAUAACAUUAAAUACAAUAUUUACACUAAUUAUUGGAUUAGUUCAAUUUACACCAGCGUUUAUUUCAAAAUAUGUUUAUGGAAGAUGGGGUAAGAGACCUUUAUUACUUUAUGGACUAAUAUUUCUUAUUGUUUGUUAGAUACUAAUUAUAGGUCUAAGUUACUCUGAUGCUUUAGCUGCCACUAUUGUUAAAUUUGUGAUUAUUUGUCUUUUCGCAUUUUAAUAUGCUAUGACUUUAGGACCUAUAACAUGGGUAAUUAUUAUUUAUUAUCAUCAUUUUAGUCAAUGACACCUGAAAUCAAUUCAAGUGAGGGAACCUACUUUUGUUUUGUGACGUUAUAUGCUUGGCAAUUACUUGUUUUAUACAUAUUCCCAUUUAUGUUAGAUGGAAUCUAAAUGAGUGGAGCUUUCAUUGUUUUUGGAAUUUUAACAAUAUUAUCAACUAUAUUCUUUUACUUUUAUGUCAAAGAGACAAAAGGAUUAAAUCAUAAAGAAAUAGAUAGAUUAUAUGGAAAAGAAUGA